AUUCACAGAGUACACAGUUAUGGGGUGAAAAAGCUGACAAUUUGCGCAUGCGUUCGAUCAAAUUUUCUUGUUUGGUAAUUUUCGUACAAAAAACCGCUACAGAGAGGCCGUGAAAAGUCCAUCCGGAAUUGUGAAGUGCCCCAAUCGUGCAAAAGAUGACAAAUGCCGAGGUUAGUGCGACGCAGGAGUGCACCCAAACCCAGACGCAAUACUACACACAAUCACAGUGGGAAUCACAACAAACUAUUGCGGCCGGAGAGACACGAAAUCCCUGGGGGCGCAUCUACGUCCAGCGAAUGCGUCCCAAUAUCCCGGAAAAUGAAUCUUCAACACAGUGUGGCCUCCAUGAAUACCAUCCCGAAGGAACUGAUACAUUUCACGAUCUGUUCGAGGAGGAAUGGAAAGUUGGUCGUUUGAGUGGAGUUGAUUUUACCAUCACAAAAAAUGAGAUUCCCGAGCAGGAAAUUGUGAAGCUGAGUAAGGUUCAUUUUAUUGUUCGUCGAGAUCUCAGUCAUCCCCUCAAUCCGCCAAUUCUCGAGGAUACAUCCACCAAUGGGACAUUUAUAUCUCAAGUGAGAUUGGGCAAGGGAAAGUGCCGUGUCCUCCGCAAUGGCGAUACAAUUUCAAUUAUAUCACCAAAGUUUCACCUUUUCCGUUUCAUGGAUUUGCAUUUCAAUUGCAUGCUGGAUUUACCUCAGGAAAUUGCUACAAAUUACUAUGUUGGAGCCAAAUUGGGGGCAGGAGGAUGUGGUGAAGUCACCAAAGUGUUCAAUGUGCGCACAUGCAUGCCGUAUGCGAUGAAAAUUGUGAAGAAGUGUAGAUUCAGUGAGGCUGUCUACUUGCCGGGAAGACAGAAUAAUUCCCCGAGGAUUCACAAUGAAAUUGAGAUUUUGCGAAAGCUCAGGCAUCCCUGUGUCAUUGGGAUGCAUGAGAUAAUUGAUCGUCCGGAUGCAGUUUAUAUGUUCCUGGAGUUGAUGAAUGGGGGGGAUUUGUGCCACAGGAUUACGACGCAGGAGAAAAAGUAUCUGUCUGAGGAUAUUUCCAGGCUCUAUUUCCUCCAAACUUGCUAUGCUGUCAAGUAUUUGCAUGACAAUAAAAUCACCCAUAGGGACAUCAAACCGGACAAUAUUCUCCUGGCAACGCAUGACAUGAUCACCCUGGUCAAAGUGACGGAUUUUGGACUGAGCAAAUUUGUCCGUAAGGAUUCCAUCAUGAAGACAAUGUGCGGAACUCCACAGUACGUUGCACCGGAAGUUCUGCACAAUGAUGCCGGAGCUUACACGGAGAAAGUUGACAUUUGGAGUCUUGGUGUCAUGCUGUACACUUGCCUCUGUGGUGACUUUCCCUUUGUCAUACGCAAUAAUCGUCGUCAAGUGACCAGCAAUCCACGCUUCAAGGAUCUCACCAAAGCCGCCCAGGUGCUCAUUUUCGAUUGCCUCCGCACCAAAGUCGAAAUUCGACCAACAAUCACCAGCCUCUUGAGUCACAAAUGGCUCCAGAAUCGUCAAACCAUCUUCACGGCUCAGCAACUAAUGCGAGAUCAUAUUCAGCUGACUUCCCUGGACACGGACACAGCGCCCCCGAGACCACCAAUUACCGACACUGUGACUGCAACAACGCCCAUCCAUGAGUUGCCCGAUGAACAAUUCAUGGAACCACCGGCCAAGAGGAUCCGAGUGGACAUUCAAUCCUAGCCAAAAUCACCAAAAUCCACCAACACCACGAAAUUUUUGUGAUUGACAAAUUUUUUCUUUUUGGAAUCUUUGACGCCACUGAAAUCAUUUAUUUUUUUUCUCAAUGUUUGAGAAGGAGACAGUGUUAGAGGAACUUAGGGAAGCUGCUUGUGUUCGAGCUGCGUGCUCAAAAUUUACCUCAUUUUCGUGAUUGCGACAAGUGCCUUUUUGCGCUCUCUUAAGAUGUUUAUAUUUGAAUGAAAAUAAAUCUCAAAGUUAUUGUUUCGUGAAGUUUAAAUAAAAAGUUUUUGGAAUAACGAAAGAAAAA